GACCAGCCCGAAACUGAAAUUAACUAGUUUACUUCAAUUUGAUUUAACUCAAGCUAUAAUCCAAAAUGAUUCAAAACCUAUAGUCUCAAGAUCGGUCCCAAGACUAGAUCUUAAGACCAGUUCAGGACCGGUUUAA